AUGGCAACCCUCACUAUCCCGUCGCCACACAGGCACGCGCUCCACCUUGAGCGCAAGCGCUCGCUCACUCACCCCAAGACCAUCGACAUCCCCUCCAAGGCCACAGUCUACUCCUCUACGCCUGCCAGACACAGAGGCCGGGCGGAACAGAGCGUUCCAACGGGCCGCGGGCGCGAUGCAUCCCCUAAAGCCCUACCAAACCUCAACGACCUCACCCCACCUCCCACUCCCUCCCUCCCCGCCGUAGCCGGGCGUCGAGUGAGCGCCACAGCCCUCGCAGCACCUGUCUUCCAGGCGCACCACCAACCGCCGCCACCCAUCACAUCGGGUAUCCCACACUCCGACCCGAUCUUGUACCUGCCACCCCUACUCUCGCGGCUGCCCCGGGCGCACGAACAUGUCUCGGAGCAUAGUACCGAGUUCGAUACCCGUCUUCCCGACAUUGACCCCGCCUCACUAUUCCUCCACCAGGCGCUCCACUACUUCCGGCCUCGUGACGGCAAGUACGCUGCGAGAGACUAUCCCGACGCGUUCAACUGGCACGACCUCGCCCUUCCCGAGCAAGUCGAGCGCGAGUGGUACGCUGUUGUCUUCCGGUCACGCCGCCGCCCUGAAUCUUCCAGCUUGUCGCUAUACGCUGCGGACCGCGCCGCUCAUGCUGAGGCAGUCAUGAACGGCGGCCUCGUUAUGUACUGGUACGGUGUGCCGGACGAGAUGGGCUUCAACCUCGCCACUUGCAUCUGGCAGUCACGCAAGCACGCCGUCAACGCCAUUUCGGGGCCCAAGCACAUUGACGCCAUGAAACAGGCUCGGGGCGCAUACGAGACGUACGAACUUGAGCGCUGGAUCAUCACCAAGCCACGUGGGCAGACCGGCCUCAUCAUCGAGCGAUGGGACGGCGGCGACGUCGGAUGGUAG